GCUGUGAGAGGACAGUAUAAAUGUACGUGAGUGCAGUAGAGCAGGCAUUAGAGGACACGCCUAUAAAACUCUGCCAGUCAACUGUGAAGAGGACCAAAGAGGUGGAGCUGGACAUCAACACUGAGCUGGAUGCGCUGCAAGCUAGUUUAUAUCCGUUGAGGUCGAGGACUCGUCGAAAAUGUUUGGUCCAAUCAAUAAACGUCUCCAGAGCUACCUGGCUGAGCGAAAGCGUCGCAGGACCAGGCUGGUGACCAAAGACGGCCAUUGCAACAUCGAAUAUGGAAACAUCAAGUACAGCAAGCACUUUGUCUUCCUGGCCGACUUCUGGACCACAUUCGUGGAGAUCCGGUGGCGUUUUGUGCUCUUAUUCUUCAUUGCCUCUUUCACCAUGAGCUGGUUCAUUUUCGGCCUGCUCUGGUACUGGAUUGCCCGGAAUAACGGAGAUCUGACCUGGCAGGAACCCCCCGCGGACCACAUGCCUUGCGUGGACAAUGUCGCUGGACUCACCACCGCGUUCUUGUACUCCCUGGAAACCCAGACGACCAUCGGGUACGGUGGGCGAGCCCUCACCCCCGUUUGCCCCGGCGCCGUGGCCCUUGUCAUCAUCCAGUCCCUCCUCGGCGCCGUCAUCAACUGCUUCAUGUGCGGAAUCAUCUUAUCGAAAAUUUCCUCGCCUAAGAAGAGAGCGAAGACCAUCUCCUUCAGCGACAUGGCCGUCAUCAGCCCCAAGAACGGCGCCCUUUGCUUGUCGAUACGAGUGGCCAACCUGCGCAAGACCCUCAUGAUCGGCAGCCAGAUCUACGGCAAACUGCUGAGAACCACCAUUACGCCAGACGGCGAGACCAUCAUCAUGGACCAGGUGAACAUUGACUUCAUGGUGGACGCCGGGAAGGACAACCUAUUCUUCGUGUGCCCGCUCACCCUUUGCCACGUGAUCAGCAAGGGCAGCCCGUUCUUUGAGAUGGCGGUGGACACGCUCCACAAGCAAGAGUUUGAGCUGGUGGUGUUCUUGGACGGCACCGCCGAGUCCACCAGUUCCUCCUGUCAAGUGCGGACUUCCUUCAUUCCCCAGGAGAUCAUGUGGGGCUACAACUUCCUGCCCAUCAUCUCCCGAAGCAAAGAAGGUAAAUACAGGGUGGAUUUCUCCAACUUUUCCAAGGUGGUGCCCGUGGCCACCGCUCACUGCGCCUACUGUUUCCACAACAUCAAAGGUCACCACCAUCACUCCAAAGAUGGACUUGACAACCAGGGUUUUGAGGUGAUUGACAUCCACGAUCCUGCUUGUAUCACCAAGAUGUAAGACUGACUACACGGCUGGUGAUAAAAGACAUUCCGCCGAUGAACCUCUCAAAUAUCCCAAAGCAUGUUUGGCAAAACAGUGCGUAAGAGAAGCUCAUUUGGAAAAGGUGUGUGUCGACUGAAUUAUUGGGAACAAUUGUUGUAUGCACGCCAAGCCACGCCCGUCAAUGUCUAUCAGCCGAGAACUUGUUUUCGGAAGGCUCGCCAUGCUAUGAAAAUGGCUUUGGCCGGAAUAUCGGAGGAGAAAAGGAUGAAUGUACUCGAGGUCUUCUCGCAAAAGAAAAUCGAAUGAGCUCUCGCCGUGAAUGAAGAUGAGUCGCUUGUAAUUUCCCUCGGACGCCGCGCAUCGGAUUUACUGAGGAGAGCAAAAAAGACGGUGUGAUUCUGUGCAUGAAUCUUGAACAACUUGUUUCGGGUGCCUCGCAAAUGUCACGGAUGACUGAGCAAUAUUAGCAGUUGUUUCAUAAUUCAUACCUGUGUUGUCUGCCAAACAAAAAUAGACACUUGGUCCUUGAAACAUUAACUUUUGUUUAGGUAUUCCAGCACCGGCUCUCGCCUAGCUUCGAUGUGGAACACUUGAGUGACAUUAUAGUGGAGAGCAAUGUUUUCAUGAAACACUUAAACGAUGGAACCAUUGAAUGAAAUCAAA